AGGCUUUACAGCACACGUUCAUGUUAGAUGCUGAAGAAUGCCAAGCAUAGAAGACCAUCCGGUUUUCGAGGACAACGUGAUAAAGAGCCGGAGUAUUUGAAGAUGGGUCGGCUUGAGCCUUUGGGACGGUCGAAGAAAAAGGGGCCAACACCGUGCUACAGGUAUACAAAGCCGUUGCUUUGUGUUCUUGGCCUUCAUUGAGUCCCGCGAGCCUUGAAACCUUUAGAGCCCUGCGACGAAGUCUCAGUGUCGAAAAACAAAGGCCCUGGAAUCUCGCACGAGGUAUUAAUGUCUGCGGUCCUGCGCGCUCUCAUCAUCGAACCGCGUCAAUUUCAACGGUUCCCAUCUCGCAACUUCAAGUCAUUUCAGCGACUAUUAGUCUCAUACGCACUUCGGAAGUUUGAAGAAAGCUGCCAAACAAUGGCCCAUCUCGGCAUCAAAAGAUCAAAAGAUCGCCCAUCUUCUGGCCCGAAGAAAGUAAAAACCUAUGACGGCGCGAAUGUGGGCAAACAGAACGCACCGGAUACGAAACUUCUCAAGGGACAAUCAGAGGGGUCAAGACGAGAUGAUAGAAGAAAGAGCGAUGCCAUACCAGCCAUCACUAGCUUGUCCAAAAGAACAGCAGGAGGCAAAAUCCCCCACCAUUGUCUCCGGGAUAAACACAAAUACCACAAGGGUUGUGUGAAGGCUGGUUGUAUGGUGAAGUGUGACGAGUGCAUCUGGUAUGUCUCUACAGAGAAAGGUAAUAAUGGAUCGGAAUGCCGAAAUUGCAGGAACAACGAGAGACGUCAAAAACAGAUAGAGGACCGAGAGAGGGGGGCGAGUGCCAUCGCCAACAGGGUCUUGGCCACCCGACAGCCUGCUCGCGUCACUAAAAGCACCACGCGGCUCCGUAAGGAAUCUCUUAGGCGUUCCUCUCAGAUUGUGUGGGCCAAGAGGCUCGGGAAGGUCAUAUCGGUGGCCAUUCCCGAGGACGUCCCGGAAACCACCGACUCCGACACAAGUAUGGACGAAUGCUUAGUCUCCGACGUUGUCGAAUCCAAUACGGCUGUGAGCGAUGCCGAUCAGGAGUCUGUUCCUGCAUGUGUCGAGCCCAUCACGGAUGUCAAGGAGAAGUUGGGAUUCAACCCAGAGAAACCGGGCCCUUUGUCUCUCGAAGAGCUGCGCCUUCGACGUAUCCGGGAGGCCGAGGAAAUUCUCAAGCUUGUUCGCGAGGGUCUCGAUAGGUUGAUUUGAGUUGCAUGGUUUCAUGGUGUUACGCGGGUUCACGGACUGUUAGGGGUCUUGCAUUUUUGAAAGUGUCUGCUUUUUGUCAUUUAUCUACGCCUGGCAUUCUAGCCUUUUGCUUGCUUUUUUCCCAUGUUCUAGAAUUUGAUG